AAGCUUCUAAAGCUCGACGUGUUUGUUGUUUUUCGAUCGGGGUUGACGACUAUUUAGUAACAAUGAACCAUUGUUGAAGUGCGCGAAGUUUUUCAACGGUUAUCUUUUUGUGGAUAGUGUUAAUAUUUUUUUCCCGUUACAUGGUUCGAAUAUCGUGUUAGCGAGAGAGAGGUGAACUGUUAUUUGAAAUAAAUCCUGUUGAUAAAUUCGAGUAAUAAUCAUUGUUAAAACAAAGUGCGAAAAACAGUAACUGCCCGGAAAGUGAUCUCAAACAAAUAAACCAAGCAUAAAUGUAAUAGCCACAUGAUUAUUUAAAUUAUGAAUUAAUAAAUGUUUCAGUAAUUACUAGACAUCAAACUAUUUUAAUGUAAACUAGUGUGAACUGUGAACGAGUGGUUCAAUAUGGCUGCCAGUCGUUUGUUUGGGGCUCCACAUCUGUUUAUCAUCUUGGUUACGCUGAUUGCAUUGUCUCGACAGUCUUUUCAAGAUAAUUGGCCCACAACGAGGGUUUCGUCGGAGGAGACAGACUUUGUAGGCUCCAUUAAAAAUUUAACAGUCCAGGUUGGCAAGGACGCCGUACUGUCAUGCACAGUUAAUAACUUGGGAAGAUACAAGGUCGCAUGGCUGCGAGCCGAAGAUCAAACAGUGCUAAGCCUACAGACGAAAGUGGUGACGCAUAAUUCAAGGAUUAGCGUCACUUUUGACGGGCUUAGGACGUGGGAACUUAGAAUCCGUCAUGUAAAAGAAUCGGAUAAAGGGUGCUACAUGUGCGAAAUCAACACCAGUACGCUUAAGAUACAAAAGGGGUGUAUCGAUGUUUCGGUUCCUCCUGACAUAAUAAAUGAUGAAACGAGUGGGGACAUCUCGGUGUUGGAAGGAGAAAAUACGACGUUAUCUUGCAGAGCGACCGGAAAGCCUCGUCCUAGAAUAAGCUGGAGCAGAGAAGAUGGUCGACGAAUACUCAUAAGAAAAGGACCCAAAGAUUUCAUUGAAGUAGACACAUAUAACGGUAGCCAUCUCCGAUUCCAUCGUCUGGAUAGGCGUCAAAUGGGGGCCUAUCUCUGUAUUGCCAGCAACGAUGUACCGCCUGCAGUCAGCAAAAGGAUUGUACUCAAUGUCAAUUGUAAGUAG